CUGAUUGUUUUAAUUCUCAAUAUGGUCUGAGCCACACGCGCCUCUCCCUCCCACACACGAAGCGAAAAAAUCAUCUCGUUCCUAAACAAAGUGCAGUCAUUCCAACGCCACACCAUUUUCCUCUCCACUAUUCAUCUGCACAACGUUGCCCCUCUCUCUCUCUGUCUCCUUGAAUAAUGAGUUUGGGAAAGAAGAUCGGGAUAGGGCUCGAAGGAUUUGGAAGAAUUAAUCGUUUUAUUACGAGAGCAGCUCGCCCCAGAGACGAAACCAAGCUUUCAAAUGCCAGUGAUGUGCUUAAGACCUCCACUACUAAGCAUGACUCGGAUGGGUUUGGAUCUGCUGGCUUAAAGUCUUUCAGAGCAUUAGCAGUCAUUGGUGCUGGAGUCUCUGGGCUCCUUAGCUUCACAAGUGUUGCUUAUUCUGAUGAAGCAGAACAUGGGUUAGAGUGUCCCAGCUAUCCUUGGCCUCACCAAGGCAUCCUCAGUUCUUAUGACCAUGCUUCGAUACGUCGAGGUCACCAGGUUUACCAGCAGGUGUGUGCGUCGUGCCACUCGAUGUCACUAAUUUCGUACCGUGAUCUUGUUGGUGUGGCAUACACUGAAGAAGAAACUAAGGCCAUGGCAGCAGAAAUUGAGGUGGUUGAUGGCCCUAAUGACGAGGGCGAGAUGUUCACCCGCCCUGGGAAGUUGAGUGAUCGUUUUCCACAGCCUUAUGCAAAUGAAGCAGCUGCAAGGUUUGCUAAUGGCGGAGCCUAUCCUCCUGAUCUAAGUCUUAUCACUAAGGCCCGACAUAAUGGUCAAAACUAUGUUUUUGCUCUUCUAACUGGCUAUCGGGACCCUCCUGCUGGUGUCUCGAUUAGGGAAGGUCUUCACUAUAACCCUUACUUCCCUGGUGGAGCUAUAGCGAUGCCUAAAAUGCUUAAUGAUGGUGCUGUUGAGUAUGAAGACGGUACACCUGCUACUGAGGCACAAAUGGGAAAAGAUGUUGUGUCGUUCUUGUCAUGGGCUGCUGAACCAGAAAUGGAAGAGAGAAAGCUGAUGGGUUUCAAAUGGAUAUUUGUUUUGUCACUUGCACUUCUCCAAGCUGCUUACUACCGUCGCCUGAGAUGGUCUGUCCUGAAAUCUCGCAAAUUGGUCCUUGAUGUUGUCAACUGAUCUUAUUCACUUCUCGCAAAUGUGAAUUGAGAACAUUUCUUUCUGUGUACUGUAAGUGUACGGGGCAUAAGGUAUAAUAAAAUACUGCCCAGUGAUUUGAAUUGUAAGUGUUAUACGACAGAAUCUAGACAAUAGAUCUGUCAUUGGAGCUAUUCUUUUUGAGGGGGAAUAAAUAUCUGCUGUACUAUUUACAGUAUCGUCUAUAUGAAAGCUUUAUUAUUUGGAAUUGAA